AUGAGCCUCGAAGACAAGGAAGGCCGCGGCCUCCCUUGUGAAGUUGACGAGCUCCUACUUAAGGCAAUCAUCGAAGAUGAUCCGCUUAAAACAACACGAGAGGUUGCACAAAAACUAGACGUUGACCAUCCUAUAGUCGUCCGCCGUUUGGGAAAUUGGAAAGGCGAAGAAGUUGAACAGAUCGGCUCAACGCUUCUGUUACGCAACAAGAACCAUCCAUUUCUCGAUCGUGAGGAAACGAUCCUUUACGAUAACAGGAAGCGUCUUGAUCAGUGGAUGGACAAGGAUGAAGCUCCCAAGCACCUCUCAAUGCCGAAAAUACACCCGAAGAAGACCAUGGAAGAUCAAGUACGACGUCAUCGGACUGACCGAGACAAGACGACGACACCCACUUCGUAUAUAUCUAGCACUGUAUACGACACUGGAGAAGAACUGUUCUUAGGAACAAGCGACAGAAGAGGAGAUAGUGGGGCUGGUGUCCUCGUCAGUACGAGUAUGAGAGAGAUCAUCGACUAUUUCAAGCAACUUACAACCUUAGUCGAACAUCUGCGAAUGAGAAGGGGUGUUUUGACCACAGCUUUGACUAUCUUUGCCGGUUCUUCUCCAUCAUCAAGCCACGAAGAAGAAGAAGUCGAAGCAGAAAAUAUGAUUCACUACAAAUCUUCAAAAUUUCUUUCUUUGGUCUCAAACGUAAAACCACUGACUCCGAAAAUCCGCCGCAGCUUCUGGGACGUGUUGUUCUGGGACACCGUUUAUGGGUUCCUUUCGCUUUCAAAACACCACCGCUGA